CCUAAGGUCGCUGCGCUCUCUGGCUAGAAGCCAUUAAGCGGCAUUCAGAUUUAACGUGACGGAAAGUCUUUUAGAAAUGGAGAACAUAUCGGCCUUCCUUGAAGCUUGGGAAUGUCAUGAUAUUCGCCGUGCCAAAGACCUGCUCGGAGGGCUUGAUCUGUCAAGCUUAACUGAAAAAAAUUUGUUGGAAGAGCCAGCAGCAAGGCUACGGGACUCGGGUUCAAUAAACAAAAUAAAAAAGAGAGAUGGAAAAGGAGACACGGCUUUGCAUUUAGCUGUAAGGGAAGAUCACCUGAACAUGAUGAAAUGUUUGGUAGAGUUGGAUGCCAGUUUGUGUAAUUGUAGAAAUAAAGUAGGAGAAAAUCCAUUAAAAUUGGCAGUAAGUUUGGGGUUUGAAGAAGCCGUAGAGUUCUUAAUAACUCACUCUUCAAACGCCCUGCACUACAUAGUGGAGCUCAACCAAGUGAAACUUCUUCAAUAUUUAAUUCAGAAAGAGGUAAAAUUGUCAAAACUUAUCAAUCAGCCUUACCAGCCUGCGACAAAUCCUCCUGAUAAUGAAGAGGAGAAAUGUCCCACAGAUGCGUCUAGCGAUGGAGGAGACGAGCCUUCGGAAAGUGCAGACGAGAACAAAAACAAGGCUGAAGAAAAAAAUACUAGAAAUUCGAUUGCUGACGAGGCAAUUGUUGUAAUUGGAGACACGCCUUUGCACAUUGCAGCAAGGAACAAAUAUGGGCAAAUGGUGAACUUGUUGCUGAAAGUACCUGGGGUGGACAAGCUGGCGCUGAACAAUGAGGAUAAGACACCAUUUGAAAUUGCAAGAAAUGUCACGGAGUACCACGAAUCUUUCAGGACUAUAAGAAGGCUGCGAGGUUCUAGACCGGGGCCUAGACGAUUCAUGUACUGUGCACCAGAAGUGAGUCAUAUAAAGUACAAUAAUGCAAUGUCAACGCUAAACAAAGCCUAUGAAGCGAGACGCGAUGCAGAACUAGUGGUGGCAGCGCUGUUGGCCACCAUGACAUGUGCUGCUCUCUUCACCGUCCCAGGCGGUUUCAAUUCGGAGAGCCCUAGCGAUGUACAGCAUGAUCAAGGGAGCCCUCUUCUUGUAUCCCUCGUUUCAUUUAAGCUCUUCAUUAUUUUCGACUGCAUAGCCUUCUUUCUAUCCCUCUUCGUUUGUACAAUGUGGGAGCUGAGCGCAGACCUUAACACAAAGAACAAGAGGCUGUUCAUGAAUGUCAACGCUAUGGUGGUUUGCCUUAGCUUUGGCUUUAGCGCUUCUGGUUUUAUGUGUGCAGUGUACGCGAUGCUGGCACGUAAGGUUAUGACCUUCUCUUGGGUGGUUUUGGGAAGUCUCAUGUUCAUUUGUUUGUGUAUUGUUCUCGGAUUUAUCCAUCAAACGCUACACUAUAUUGUGACGCAGGCCAGAUUCGAUCGCCUGGUUGGUGUAUCUUGGUUUUUCGAUGAUAUUGUUGAAAAGGUAUGGUUUGCAGCAGAACGCUGUAGGCUUCUCAACCUUUGCGUUUCAGGUGAGGAUGUUUCGGAGGAUUUGAUGACUGGACAUUGGAAGUUCAAAUCACAUAAAGGUGAUGAUAGGUCCAACAACUCCCACUUAUCUUUCUCGUGCUGCUUCAACCAUGUUUAGCUAUCGCUCUAGCCUUCAUUGCUCAAUACCCCCCAUGUCGGGCUGCUAUUUUCCUUAUAGGAAUUAUAUAUUUAUAUAGUUGAUAAUGGCAUAUUGUUAAACUUAGAUGUUAUUGUUGGGUGGUUUGUGUUGGGGAGGAGGCUCCCAAUUUGUAGUUCAUAAAAGUAAUA